AUGGCCUCGCUCCUCACCACCAUGUUCGUUCCCUUCCGGCCCUUUACUUCCUCUGUUUCUGCUUUCGCUUCUGCUUCAUCGUCUUCUUCUCCUUCUGCUGCCUCGUCUGCCCCUCCAUCUCACCCAUCCCCCGCUCUCGCCCCGUCUGUCUCAUGCAGCACCAUCAACACGUACCGGAGCCCAGUCGCUGAGCCCCCCUCCUAUCUGUCCCCCGCUGUUUCCGCACUGAAGCAGAAUCUCUGUAGACUAACACCUCCCAGCAAUGCGCGCACAAGGGCGCCGUUCAAGCCACGGUCGGCGGCCAAGGGCACAAGCAGUUACCAGCUGAGACAGUUCGCGGAGGCGACCUUGGGUAGCGGGAGCUUGCGCAAGGCCGUGAAGUUACCUGAGGGAGAGGAUGUGAAUGAGUGGCUUGCGGUCAAUGUGGUGGACUUUUACAACCAGAUCAAUCUUCUCUACGGCGCCAUCACAGAGUUCUGCUCCCCGCAGUCAUGCCCCGAGAUGAAAGCGACAGACGAGUUCGAGUAUCUUUGGCAGGACUCGGAGAAUUUCAAGCGACCGACCAAGAUGUCCGCGCCGGAAUACAUUGAGCAUCUGAUGAGCUGGGUUCAGAGCAAUAUCGAUAACGAGCAGAUGUUUCCAAGCAGGCUUGGUGUUCCAUUUCCCAAGGCAUUCUCCAGCUUGAUACGCCAGAUCUUCAAAAGACUUUAUCGGGUCUAUGCGCACAUAUACUGUCACCACUACCCUGUCGUUGUGCACUUGGGACUCGAACCCCAUCUCAAUACCAGCUUCAAACAUUAUGUUUUAUUCGUUGAUGAGCACCGGUUGGCGACUGGGAAGGAUUAUUGGGGACCUCUGGGAGAACUCGUCGAUAGCAUGCUGCGGAGCGACUAA